UCCGCUCCGUGCUGCCGUCGCGCACGCACGCGCAUGUCGCUCGCUGUCGUCCCCGGUGAUGUGAGGUGGCCCCCGCCGCUGCCGCAGCGCCGCGCGAUCUACGCGCUAUUUUCGCGAACGAGUACGCCAGUUGAAGGCUCGAGAGCCUUCGAGCCGGCAAGACGCCGUCCACCGUGGAUUUGAGGUACGGCGCCAUGGCGGCGACCACGUACAUGCCCGCCGAGAUGGACCUCGGGAACCUCGGCGGGUACCACGCUGCGUCGCCGCGGAGCGCCGAGCCCGCGGACAUGAAGUACCAGCACCACCUGCAGGCCGGAGGGUCGCCCUCGCCGGGCGCGCCCGUGCUCGGCAACCCGUGGGCCUCGCUGCCCCCGGCCGACCCCUGGGCCAUGCACCAGCACCACUCGCACGCGCACCAGCCGGACGUGAAGCCGCCGCCCGCGCCGCACGAGCACCGCCACCUGCAGCACAGCGCGCACGGCUGGCACGCGCCCGUCGUGAGCCCGCACUACGGCGCCGGCUCCCCGGUCGCGCUGCACGGCGGCUACCCGGUGCCCAUGCACCAGCACCACAUGCUGCGAGACGUGCAGCCCUCCCCGCACCCGCUCCACCACCACCACGGGCUGGAGCGCGACCAGCCCGAGGAGGACACGCCGACCAGCGACGACCUCGAGGCCUUCGCCAAACAGUUCAAGCAACGCAGAAUCAAACUUGGUUUCACGCAGGCCGACGUCGGCCUGGCGCUAGGAACCUUAUAUGGAAACGUGUUCUCACAAACGACGAUCUGUCGAUUCGAGGCGCUGCAGCUCAGCUUCAAAAACAUGUGCAAACUCAAACCGUUACUCCAAAAGUGGCUCGAGGAGGCGGAUUCGACGACGGGAAGUCCGACGAGCAUCGACAAAAUAGCCGCCCAGGGGCGGAAGAGAAAGAAGCGCACGUCGAUAGAGGUGUCGGUUAAAGGAGCGCUGGAACAGCACUUCCACAAACAGCCGAAGCCGUCGGCGCAGGAGAUCACGUCGCUCGCGGACAGCCUGCAGCUAGAGAAGGAGGUGGUCCGCGUGUGGUUCUGCAACCGGCGGCAGAAGGAGAAGCGCAUGACGCCGCCGAACACGCUGGGCGGCGAGAUGAUGGAGGGCAUGGGCCACGCGCACUACGGCCACGGGGACGUGCACGGCUCCCCGCUGCAGCACUCGCACUCGCCGCCGGGGCUGUCCCCGCAGCACGCGCUGCCGCAGGGCGCGCACACGCUGGCCGCGCACUAACAGUUCGCCCCGUGGGCGCCGCCGCGGCCCUACUACGCGGAGCCGCACUAGCGCGCCCGCCCGCGGGAUACCUCUGUACAUAGAGUGUACGUGAACGUGUACAUACGCGCCGCGCGCCCGGACGUGCCCGCGGCGCACAGCUCAGUGUGGGACGGGCCGCCGCGACUGUACAUAACUCGAGCGGGCGGCCCCGUCCCGUGGACCUGCCGGACGCUAAGUUUAAGUUGUUCUUUAUAAUUUCAGUGAAGUCAUUGAUUAAUUAUGUGCGUAAUGUUAAGAUCGAAGCCAGUAAUCGUUUAUACUUUGUCGAAACGCCGCGGUUCACAGUGAGCGCUGAUAGCGUUUAGCUAGAUAGUCUAAUUGGUAAAUAAGAGCUUAAUCGGAGGAAGAGCCCGGCGUCGCUCUCGCACCCUCGCCGCGCGGCCGGCGGCUCGUCCUGCGGUAAGUACGGCGACAUUACACAGACAGUCACAGUAGAGACGCCACCACCGUCACCACCGCUCACCGUUACCACUGUUAACGAUGCCUCGUAAACUUAGAGCCGCCGAGCGCGCGCCGGCCGCACCGGCGAGGUGUGCAGAGCGCUAUUGAUUUUUGUAAAGGACUAUUUCAUCGAAUUUAUUUAUAGAUAUUAUAAAUUAACGAUGUU